AAGUUGACAAUUGCACCUUGAUCUGUAGCUACGAUGAUCCGCCUUCCUCAGUGCCAGCACUGACACGACUCGGGGCACUAUUGAGUAAGCCCUUUUAUAAAGCCAGGGUGAGGGGCGGGAAGGCUGAGUUUAGUCUGACCAGCAAUGGCAGGAAGGUAAAAACUGCGCGACCGAAGCCGCUGAAAUGAGCGACAGAGCCGAGAUGAGAGGGCCCGUAACCCGCCGGAGGAGGACGACCAUCUCCGGCGGUGGCGGCGGAGCGGUUAACGUGAAGCAAGCCAACGGCAGCAAGUGGCACGACACAGGCGAGAAACCGCCACAGUAUCCCGCUAAAGCCAAAACAGAAGACGAGGUGUACAGGCAUGCAAGUACUAACAACGGGAAGAUGGGCAGAGAGAUGGGGAUGUCAGGGCAGCAGCAGCUCACACACAGUCCGAGGAAACAGAGGAGUGCAGCGGAAGACAUCAACGAGAGACUCAGUUGCCACGUCCUUCAGGAGUCUCUCUUGAGCUCAGCCAGCGGUUACAGCAACUACAGAGGAAUCCUCAACUGGUGUGUUGUCAUGCUGGUGUUGAGUAAUGCACGUCUGUUCUUGGAGAACAUUAUAAAGUAUGGCAUCUUGGUGGACCCUAUCCAAGUUGUGUCUCUCUUCUUAAAGGACCCCUAUAGCUGGCCAUCAGCUUGCCUCAUUAUUACAUCUAAUGUGUUCAUCUUAGCAGCUUUGUACACAGAGAGACGUCUGGCUGUGGGUACCAUUUCCAAAACUACAGGACUGAUCCUUCACAUUUUUAAUCUGAUAUCCAUGUUGAUCUUUCCUUCAGCCACAGUGCUCACUGUGACCUCCAUAACCCCAGUUGGUGGUGUGCUCUCCCUAGCUGUCUACACAGUGCUGUUUCUCAAGCUGUACUCCUACCAAGACACCAACAGGUGGUGCAGAGAAAUCAGACAAGCCAAAGCCAAAAGACUCACACGAUCAUACUCAUGUCCGUCUGUGGCCCAGUCCAAUGGUUCAGCAGUUCAUUCUCAUGUCUCCUACCCAGGCAACCUCACCCACAGAGACAUGUACUACUUUGUCUUUGCCCCGACUCUCUGCUACCAGCUCAACUUCCCACGUUCACCUCGAAUACGGAAAAGGUUCCUGAUGAGAAGGCUUUUCGAGAUGCUUUUCUUCAUGCAGCUGCUGGUGGGAUUAAUACAGCAGUGGAUGGUACCAACUAUACAGAACUCAAUGAAACCAUUUCAGGAAAUGGACUUUUCUAGGAUGGUGGAGCGCCUGUUAAAACUAGCUGUCCCUAACCAUCUGAUAUGGUUAAUAUUCUUCUAUUGGUUUUUCCACUCCUCCAUGAACUUUGUGGCAGAGCUGCUGCAGUUUGGAGACAGAGAGUUCUACAGGGACUGGUGGAACUCUGAGAGUGUCACCUAUUUCUGGGCCAACUGGAAUAUCCCAGUACACAAGUGGUGCCUCAGACACUUCUAUAAGCCAAUGUUGAGGAAGGGGGUCAACAAAUUUCUGGCUCAAACUGCCGUCUUUCUGGUGUCUGCCUUCUUCCAUGAGUACCUGGUGAGCGUUCCUCUGAAGAUGUUCAGACUUUGGGCCUUUAUGGGAAUGAUGGCUCAGGUCCCUCUGGCUUGGUUCGUGGGUCGCUUCCUGAACGGAAACUAUGGAAACGCCGCUGUGUGGAUCUCGCUCAUCAUCGGCCAGCCUGUCGCUGUGUUGAUGUACGUCCACGACUACUACGUCAUUCAUUACGGGAGCACCACAUAGCACCAGACGAACUCACACAUGCUCCCGCAGUCAAACACACACGGACACACACACACACGCACCAGCCUGCAGUGAGUGAAUGGAGAGAAAGUAAAGGCAAUAAUAGAAAACGCUGCUCAGCUGCAGUAAACAGCAGGAACACUGUCUUGACUUUUUCAUUUUUGCACUUAAGAGAAAUGGACCACAGUAUCCCAGGAACUUAUCCUAACACCAUGAGAAGUGCUUGAUUCAAAGUGAUGUUCCACUUUGGAAUGACAUACACCUUUUUAGUCAGCUGUCAGUAUUGGCUAACCUUGGGAACCAUCAUCACUACCAGCUCAUCAUCUGUAUCCAGCACAGGAUGUUUAAACUCUAAACAUUUCAAACAAGACCCGAAGUGAAACAGAACUUGGAUUUCUGUUAUUGGAAUUGAAGAUUUUGUCAAAAACAAAAUCAAACUUGUGGUGCUAAGGUUUCCCAGUGUGGCCGAUAUUGUUGGCCAGUGAUGAAACUGUCCUGCUUAAGCUUUAACAACAAUUUCUUGAACUUCAAAAGCACUUAGAUGCAUUCAAAAGUGGGAACGCCACUACCAACCGAGCACUCCUCUUGAGUUGUGGGUACUUAAAAAUGCACACACAUCGUCCUGUGCAGCAAACAUGAGCCACUGCCGAGCGAGCACAAGCCAGACCAGGAUCCUGCCUCCAUAGAGCCAAUAUGAGAAUGCUAGUUUGUUUCUACAAGUUCAGGCUUAAAAGUUAUAAUAGCCCGUUUAAGAUGUCUCCAGGUCCUCAAAUCAACCACAGUGGCAGUUUUUACAUAUAUUCGGUGUAUAUAUCCUAUACCCUACUCUCUUUGAUGCAAUGCAGUUAUCAAGUAUUACAGACAUUUAUAUUAAAAGGAUGUUUUUGUGACUGUAAUAGCGCAGUCAUGGACCUACAGGCAGCCUCCUCUCUCUCUCACUCUUUCUCUCUCUCUUUCUCUCACUCUCUCUCUCUCUCUCUCUCACUCUCUCUCUCAAACAACAUCAAUGCAAGCUCUGAGUGUAACAGUACAUGCUACAGGUGUGUUACUUGGCUUUAUUUGUGUUGCACUGGAGUUAUCAGAUGGUGAUAUGGUUUAUUUUAUAUGUUGUGUAAUUUUAUUUGUUGACUGCAGUUAUUUUGUGCUAUCUUGAACUUAUUAUUUAUGUUGGAUUUUAUGUUAAAUGAAUGAUUUAAAGCAGUAGCUGAUUUACUGAUCUGAACCAAUGAAUGUUUUUUUGCACUUUAAAGAGAUGCAUGCUGUUAAAGCAAUAGAUUUCUAUGAAUGUAUUCUUUAAGUUGUAUCACUCACGUAAGGAAAUUAUGUUUUGUUGGAAUAAUUUGUAUAUUUUGUGAUUUGCUUGUUGAUAGUUUGUUGCAUAUGGUCGGCUCUAUUUCAGUUUGUUAAAAAGUAAAACAGCAGAUGCAGUGGUAAUAUAACUGCUUUUUCAUGCCAUAGUUUUUUCAGUAUUCAAAUCCUGAGGAGAGUCUUUUUCUUGAUUUGAUCUUUUGAGUUAUUAGAGCUGUUACCAAUAUGGACAUUGCCAUAUAAAAGUAAUAUCAGAAGAUGUUUUGUUAUUUUACUUUAUCUUUAAUCUAGUUUCUAAAUACACAAUGAGAGCUGAGUUAACAUGUUAAAUCCGAGCCUUUUAAUUUUAAAAUGAGUCCUGUAUUCCUUCCUCAUUGAUCACAUUUCAGGGAAAACGCUGUUGUUAAAUCGUAACACCAGUUAUCAGAAACACUGCGUGUUGACAUUCCUCGUUGAAAAUUACAAGUGCCUGCUGUAAAAAUAUGCUUAAACUCCAAAUGUAAACAAACAGAUACAUUAAUUGUUUUACGUAGAAAAACACAGAGGCCAAAUACUUAAAGAAAGAAAUUUCCUUCACCUUAUUCUAUGUAGCCAGUAGAUUCACAAUGCAUUUAUAUAUUUGUGGUGUGUUGAAAUAUUUGGGAACCUACAGUAAAACAUACUGUUCAGAUUUUUGUCCAAAUGUAACCUAACCCUUUAGCAGUAUGAAACUUUUCAAAUGUAAAUUUUUAAAGCAGUGAUUUCUGUUUUCUUCACAGUGUUAUUAUGAUGAAGAGCUUUAUUUAAGAUUUAUGCAUAAAUCUUACCACAUUAUUGGUAUUUCAGUCCAGAGAUGACAGCUUUAAUAUCUGUUAAUCUGUCUGGGGAGGUUCUCCACAAAAUAAAAAAUGCAUGGUUCAGUGUUUUCUAUUUAGUUGGGUGGAAAGACUAAAAAUAUUGAAGUCAAUCGUUGUCAAAAAGUGCUGACAAAUGAUUGGCAACUACUAAAAAGAACUUUACUUAAAAUUGAACUAAGAUAAGUUAAUUCAUGGGUAAACAUAAUUAUAAAAUUCUGAAAUGGUGUGGAUAUAAAUUUUGAAUAAAUGAUUCUUUUUUUUUUCAUUUGCAUGACCCUCAUGAAAAAAAUAUUUCCUUUGGAAUUUGAAUGGUUUAUUUUUAAUUCUGCCUUACUUUCUGUUUUAAGUGAGAUUUUGUGAAAAUUGAAAAUAUGAAGUGACAGGAUGGAGUUAUCAAAAUGUUUAUGAGAAUAGGCCUAGUUUGCCUUCUUGUGUUCCUUUAUUUGCCUGAACUUCCUGUUUCUACAUUAGCACUGCACUGAGCCUGCUUUUGGAAUAUGAGUUUAAAAUACUAAAAAUGUCAAUGCUAAAAUGCAGCUUUAAGUUGAACUGUCUGUUUAAGAUUUAUUUAAUUAUUGUAAGAUGAAACAUGUAAAAUGAAUGUAUUGCUAAUUUGUUCAUACUGUAAACUGAAAUCCAAAGUGAGACACAGAUUAUAUGUUUUGGGAAUGAAAAUAAUUUUAAAAGCCUUUCACUUGAAAUUAUUUGUGUUGUUUGAUAAAGAUUGUUUAUAUUAGA